UUGAAAAAGAUGCGGACUCCGAAGCUCUCGCAAUAUUAUAUAGUUUGAUGGCGACAGUUCGGUAAAAAAAAAAAAUUAAAAAAAAAUGUCGAAGGGAUCGACGCAACCCAGUUCGUCGGUAGCUGCGGCGAACCUCGGACCUUCCUCCUCUUCUUCCUCCUCGUCUCCUUCUGCGUGCGGCUCGGCGUCUCCCGCCAACGUGCUGCACGCUCAGCCUGAGAAACCACAACACUACACAUAUCUGAAGGAGUUCAGAACAGAACAGUGCCCUCUGUUUGUACAGCACAAAUGCAGUCAGCAUCGCCCCUUUACCUGUUUCCACUGGCACUUCCUGAACCAGCGUCGCCGGAGACCCAUCCGCAGGCGUGACGGGACCUUUAGCUACAGUCCUGAUGUGUAUUGCGUCAAGUACGACGAGGGCACUGGCACGUGUCCUGAUGGAGACGAGUGUCCGUUCUUGCACCGGACGGCCGGGGACACAGAGCGGCGCUACCACCUGCGCUACUAUAAGACAGGGUCCUGUAUUCACGAGACGGAUGCCAAGGGCCACUGCAGUAAGAAUGGCCCCCACUGUGCUUUUGCUCAUGGCUCUCAUGACCUGCGAUCGCCAGUAUUCGACAUCCGGGAGGUACAGGCACUGGAGGCUCAGGCUGGCUCUGGAUUGGCAGAGACUGGAUUGGUGGAGGGACAGUCUGGCUUAGUGGCAAGUACAGCUCUAAUAGAAAAAACUCUGAGUGAGGAGCCACGUUGGCAAGAUAACAGCUACGUGCUCUCUCACUACAAGACUGAGCUCUGCAAAAAGCCCCCCCGCCUGUGUCGCCAAGGUUACGCCUGCCCUUAUUACCACAACAGCAAGGACCGCAGACGAUGCCCUCACAAGCACAAAUACAGAGCCUUGCCUUGUCCAUCAGUGAAACACAGUGAUGAGUGGGGUGACCCCAGUAAGUGUGAGAGUGGGGAAGGCUGCCAGUACUGCCACACACGAACUGAGCAGCAGUUCCACCCAGAGAUCUAUAAAUCCACCAAAUGUAAUGACAUGCAACAGAGCGGCAGCUGUCCCAGAGGACCUUUCUGUGCCUUCGCCCACCUGGACAAACCAAGUGGGAGUGAAGACCAGCCUUUCCCAGAGGGGGGCACCUCCCCCCCUGCAGUUCCCUGCUCAGUAAUCACUGAUAAUGCCACCUCAGCACAAGGCCUUCUGGGAAGGGUUCUGUAUGAGGAGUCCACCAGCCUGGAUGUGUCUCACUCGCGCUGGGCAGGAGAGGGGGGUUAUGGGAGAGCGCCAGGGUUUGAGAGAGAGGACCAGGCUAAACAGAAGUCAUUUGCAGUGGAACCUCACAGUAAAGAAAUUUCCACUAUGCACAGCAAGCCGGAGCUGUCGGUGUUUCUGCCGGUGGGCAGCCCCCUCAGCUUGUCGUCCAGUGUGCCCUCGAGCCUGGCAGCGACACCUCCCAGCCCGGCACCCCCUGGCCCCACCACGGGCAUGAAUGCCAAUGCUCUGCCCUUCUACCCCACCAGUGACACCGUGGAAUCUGUAGUGGAGUCUGCGCUAGAUGAUCUGGACCUGAACGCUUUUGGUGUGUCUGCGCUGGAGAAGAGCCUAGAGAGCAGCUCCAUACCCAGCAUGGGGCUCAUGUUAGGAGGGAAUCAGCUUCAGAGCUCAGCUCCUGUUAAUAUCCCUGGAUCUCUUAGUAGCCCCUCCCCUUUCAGGUCCCCCUCACCCUCUCCGCCAAUUAGAGCUCAUGCUUCUCCUUUUCUGGCAGCUCAGUUGCCACAUCCCAGCCAAUCGGAGAGCAGCUUUCUGGGAGCGUCGCAUAGUUCAUUAGGUUUGAACGGAAUGAGCAGUAGUAUCUGGGAACACUUCCCCCCAGGUCAGAGUUCCCCCGGCACGCCACCAGCCCUCCUGCCCGCCGGAGCCAUGUUCACCGAGGCCUCCCGUCUGAAACAGGAAGUAGACGAGGCUCACAGGGUGCUGAAACACUGGGACCACAGCUGGAGGCAGAUGUCUCAGUCUUGGGCGGUGCUCAAAGCAGACGCAGAGGAAUCGCGUGCGCUGGCGAGCCGGCUGACCAUGGAGGCCGAGCGGGCCCGGCAGGCCGAGGAGGAGGUGCAGCAGCAGGCGGCUCUCCUGGAGGAGGCGCUCGAGAGCCUGCGCAGUGCAGAGAACCCACGCCUGCAGCUCCACCAGCUCCAGCUGAUGCACAGGCUCCCUCUGAGCUCGGUGUGCAGCCUGCAAGCGCAGAUCUGCACCUGUCUGCGGAUGGUAGAGCAGGCCGUGUACAGGAAGCAGCGGUUGUGUUGCGUGUCAUGCGAGGAGCUUGGCUCGGUGGCGUUGCCUUGCCAACACGGCGUGUGCUGUGAGCGGUGUGCCACAUCUGCAGAAUGCCCGGUGUGCUCAGAUCACUAGCAGAGCCUGAAUGUCCACCAGUCCGGAGCACCAGCCCUGUGUUUCCUGAACCAUUCUGAACACUUAAGACCAGUCCCUCCUCUGAGCUCCAUCUUAACCUAGGCCUGACCAGUCCGUCUUGUGGAGUUCAGUUCAAACCCAAAACUGUCGGCUCUUGAAGACGGUGGAGGAUGACGGUUGAACCUGGACUUCAGAGAAGUUGGACCUCCAGGAGGACACGUGUGGGUACCAAACUAAACCUUCGCCUUGGCUCCGAUCCACAGGCUGGCUCCUCUCUUAGGGCCCUAAUUAGGAAUCUCUGUAUCUGCUCAGCAAGUUUGUAAUUUUUAAGAAACAAAUAACAAAAGCCACAACGAACAAAAUGAAUGUUUAAUGCAUGAGGUUUAGACUCCGGUCUGUUCCUAGCACACAGUGAUUUGGCCUUUAUCCGACACCUGUCAGAAACUGCCAUUUAAAUGUAACCAGUACCUAAUCCUGUACUCCCGGACUAAACCCUGUUUCUUUAACCAUAAGAUCAUCUUCAUCUAACCAUUCCAGGCAAGAUCUGAACCUUGUCUUAGAACAUCCUAGUGUAAACUCUCGGUUGUUGUAGAGAUAGUUGGCUUGGCCUAUCAAAGUAUUGAAUGAGGACCAUUAUAAGCUUUCAUUAGAAAUGUUUGUAGUUAGGGGGAAUUGGCCAUUCAUAGAGGAUUCAUGUGGACCCUGACCUUACCUAAUGUCCUGACAUGGGUCCUAAAUUCUCAACCUGAGCUUGACCUCAUCAAUAACCCUAAACCAUUACUGAUCCAGCUCCAAUUAUCAAUAACCCUGCAUCAGUACUGAUCUAACUAUGUUCCACACACUUUUUUAAUGUAUUUAUUUAUUUAUUUUUUUUAGCGUUUUGUUACAUUUUUCUUUUGGCUUUGCCUUCAUUUUACUAAUGACCCGUCUUUCCCCUGCCCACUUAAUUAUUUUCCUUUAUUAUGUCACAUGACGGGUGCCAGUGGAGACAGCUGUCGCUGGUUGCGUGGGCCUUACUGGUUGGGAUGUGGCUGACUGUGCGUACUACCUUGGUUCCUAGGUACCGGAUAGAGGGCACUAUGCCAAUCCCAACGACGCGCAACUGGAGGAACAAUCGCGGGAUUUCGUUCUGGUCCCCAUCUGAAUCUGACUCGGAUGGGUGACGCGUGCAAUCCUUUAAAUUGCAAAAAAAAAAUAUAUAUUUAAUCCUUUAAACUAUGAUUAACAAUAACCCAGCACAAUUACUGAUCUAACUCUGAUUCUGAGGCCACCUAUUCUGCUUCUUACACAUAAAUGCACGCGCGCACACACACAUUCUCAUAUAGGGCUAUUGGCAGGUGCCAUCGUAUUUAUUUCCAUGAGCCCCAAGGCAAAUAACUAAUGGUAAAGCUGUUUUUACUGAAUUUAGACUUUUCAUAUUGUCAUGAGUUUAUUCAUUGGGAAGGGGAGAGCUUAGGUGUAAAUGAGUAUUAUUAUUAUUGCAUAAAUACUGUAAUUUCAAAUUAUAUUCUUAGUUUAUUAAAAGGCUUUUCAGAACAAGAACUCUUGGGGACAGUUUUGCUCACCCAGAUCAUCAUAAGACUCUAAAGAGAAUUUCUGAUUCCAUUUCCUUUGCAAUUUAGUCCAAGACUAGGUUUGAUCCAUGUAUGGGAAACCAACACUUGCCAGUUUGCCAGAAUCAGUUUCAAACCUAAAAUAUCAAUGAAAAUAAUGUGAUUAUUAUCUAGUAGAUAUUCUCUACCUGUGUCAGAUGAUAGCACAGCAAAUACUGGUAAAGUGGGACAAUCACAGCUUAUUGCCUCAGCAUUCAGAAAACAGUUUCCCGAACAUUCCCACACAUGCUUUGGGAAUGUUCCAGAAUCAGAAUUUGUGACAUGCAUUCUUUCUGCAAUUAGUGGAUUUUGUGUGUUACAUUUUGAAACUUCUUCAACAAAGGAAAAUGUAUAGCAUUACUGAAAGCUCCUCAUUGCUUUUGCAAAACCUUUUGUUUUUAAUUGUAUAACUAUUGUUUUAAAUAACUCCCAUGAUUUUCUAAAGAGAAACAUUACUUUUUGAACAGAGAUGGAAAACACACCUCUGUACACAGCUUGGCACACUCAGGUUAAUGUCCACAUACCACAACCAUGAAGUACAACACAGAGGCAGGAAAAAGUGAAGAUUUAUUCAUAGUUCUCUUUUAAGAUAUUGACUCUGUGUAAUAAGAUACUAGUCUGUUUUUAAAUCUACCUUUUUCAUGUAAGCUUUUGAUUCAUUUUGACAUUUUGUGUGAACAGGUGUCAAACAAAAAAGAUUGGUUUAAGCAACCUUUUAUGUGCACUGAUUCUAGCAACCCAACAGAGGGCGUCUUCUAUAUGAAUAUUCUAGGACCAUGGAGCAGAUGAGACUACAGACAUUUUGAAUAAGUACUGGGCAUGUUUCAUAAUUUUAAUAUCAGAUCAUGAGUAAAGGUUAGGGUAUGAGUGGGCUUCUGCCUAGGGUUGGGUAUUAGGACAGUCUGAAUAGACUGAUCCAACAGAUCGUAGGCUAGUCUAAGAGUUCCUUAAGUCUGGUAAGACAAAUUACAUUUGUGGGUGCUCUGUUCUUGGGAUCCACUGCUCCUCUGGGAGCAGAGGUGCUAGAAUAAUUUAGGUUCAUUUCAGUGUGAAGUUGAAGAAAUGAAAGAAUUUGACCUAAUAUCAGUGCUUCACUGUGAGUUCUGUAAUCAUCUGCUCAGAACCAUUCAGCUACAGUCUUUCAAUCUGAUUUUGUACAAGAAAAUAAAUGUAUAUUUUUGGAUGAAAA